AUGUGGUUCAACGCCGGUGGUAGCUGGGGAGCCAGCCUCUCAUCACUCUUUUUGCUCUUCACCCUCAUCCUCAACGUCGCUGCUCAGACGUUUGGAAUCACCCUCGACAAGGCCGCGCGCGACGAUGCACAACGUUUCGUUUACUCCGCCAAGCUCACAUUUGAGCAAGACACCGGAACGCUCUUCAACGACGUCCGCUUCAACAGACAACCCGUCAUGAUGGCCGCCAUGGCCCUCGGCAAGGACGUCUAUCUGUCUUCCAACCUGAAGGGUGGGCCCUUCUUGUAUACCUAUGCGGACUCGCGUCUUAAGCCUCAGGUUGUCGUUGCGCUUGAGCGAUGCCAGACUAGUUUGCAGGACGCGGCAAGGCGUGGCACCACCGUUGACAAGCAGCACCGAACCCAGGCCAGCUGCGCCGAAGUUGCUGCUGUCCAUCAGUACUAUUUGGACGACGCCGUUACUGAAGCUGCUCGCAACGACCCUCCUCCAACACGCAUUGUCGCCUAUGGCAAGGCUGGUCAAGACGGUCCCAUUGGACCUCAAAAUGCAUGCGGUGGUGGCGAUGUUGUGAAGAACGGAGUCCUCACUUGGGGAUGUAAACAGUUCAUGGCCGAUGAGCAGAUUACUGUGCCGCGGAAACCGACCAACAACCUCAACUUGAACCUCCCCAAUCCCUUCCCUAAGUUUACCACGACUCAAGUCAGCGUCAUGUGCCCUGGGCAUAAGAAACCUUGA